AUGGCGGUUAAUUUCCUACUCCUGCUGGUCUUUGUCCUAAAUGGAGCUGAUGGAUCUCAUAUUGCUGGCGGUAGAGAUGCCGCCCCCCACUCUCGGCCCUACAUGGCUUCGCUGCAAGUCCGAGGUCGCCAUAAAUGUGGGGCAGCGCUGGUGAAAGAAAACUUUGUGCUCACGGCAGCUCAUUGUAAGAUUCCUGGAUCAUACACAGUUGUGCUCGGCGUGAAUUCCCUGUCAGCUAACGAAAGUACAAAGCAGGAAUUCAAAACUGUCAGAUCAAUUCCCCAUCCCGGGUAUGAUAACCAUUCAAAUGACAUCAUGCUCCUGAAGCUCAACGGCAGUGCACAACUGACUGCAGCAGUGCAGUUGAUCUCUCUGAAAACGGACAGGGUGACAACAGGUAGUCGUUGCCUCGUGGCCGGCUGGGGACGGUUAGCGGAUAAUGGAAUUAAACCCGACAUGCUGCAGGAAGUCAACGUAACCACGCUGUCACAGGAGACAUGUCGUAGGAAAUGGGGUUGGGCAUCCAUCGCUGCAUCAAAGGUUUGCAGUGAAGGAGAGAGAGGUUUUCAAGGCCCCUGCAGGGGGGAUUCAGGUGGCACUCUGGUGUGUGAUGGAGCUGCAGCAGGCGUGGACUCCUUCUCUGGGAAGAUAUGCGGAAACCCCGACACCCCUGAUGUCUACUCAAGUGUAUCCUUCUUCGGGGACUGGAUUAGGGAAGUGUUAAACAGCAAUUAAGCAAAUCAGAUUUACUGAUAAUUUGCCGGUGUGGAUGAUGGGGUUGUAUUCUUCAAGUUGUUUAAUAUCUUUGCAGUGCUGUGGUUUUGUUUGGGUCACGCAAAAUGCUUUACAUCAUACAUUUACCAAACUGAAUACGGAAAUAAA